UCAAGUACCCCCGGAAGAAGGUGGCGCCGCCGCGCACAUGCGCUGUUGGGAAACAUGGCGGAAUUGGAAAUCGGGCAGCAUUGCGGGGUUGAAGAGUGUAAACAGCUCGAUUUCCUCCCUUUCAUCUGUGAUGGCUGCUCAGGAGUUUUCUGCAUUCAACACAGAAGUCUGUCUGCUCAUGGUUGUUCUGAGGCAAAUCUAAAAAACAAACAUAUGAAACUGGAUUAUCACAAAUCAUUUCCAUGCAUGUAUAAAGAUUGUGAUGGAAGAGAACUUGUACCCGUCUUAUGUGCUUACUGUGAAAAACAAUUUUGCUUAAGGCACCGUCAUCAGUCAGACCAUGAGUGUGAGAAACUGGAAAUCCCUGAAGCUCGUAUGACUGUCACUCGGCAACUGAUUAAAAAUAUUGUAGAUUCUAAAAAAGAAGCCACUUCAAUGAAAAAAGGCAGAGGAGCCAAGAACCCCGAAACAGCUGCAAAAGUGGCCCUGAUGAAACUAAAAAUGCAUGCAUGUGGGGAGAAGUCUGUACCGCAGACAGACAGAAUCUAUUUCCAAGUAUUUUUACCUAAAGGAAGCAAAAAUAAAAGUAUACCCAUGUACUUUUGCAGCAAAUGGAGCAUUGGCAAGGCAGUAGAUUGUGCAGCCCGCUUAGCAAGCCUUAAAAAUGACAACAACAAAACCACAGCCAAGAAAUUAAGACUUUGCCACACAGCAUCUGGAGAAGCCCUGCCUUUGGCUCACACAGUAGAAUCGUGGAUAAACUCUAAAGAAUCGCCGCUAUAUAAUGGUGGAAAUGUAAUCCUGGAAUAUCUUGAUAAUGACGUCGAAUUUUUAGCAGAUGCAGAUUCUUAUCUAUAGUAAUUAUACAAGAUACUGCUUUUGAAUUUAUUGUUUCAGAUUGAACAUGAGAAGACUUUGUUUCGCUACCUCUAGAUGAAACGGGUAUUUAGUUUAAAAAGAAAUCUGUAUUGAGGCUGUUGUUUUCCAAAGUGCGCAAAUGCAUUUGUCAUACAUGUCUUUCCAUUUUCUGAAAAUUGAGUUCAGACUAACAGCUAAUCAAUUGAAAAGUCUACCUGUGGUGCUUAAUCUGUGCAUGCAUUCCUACAUGUGAGUUAUUAUAAACUUAGUAUUCAAGUACAGCAGGUGAUUGUGUUAUUUGCCUGCUGUUUUCUGAACCAGUUAAAAUACAUGAAGUUGAAAUAAAAUCCCAAAAGAGGGUUGGGUUUAUUAAACCUAGUGGAAAAUUAUGCUACUUUAUGUCACAAAAUUUUGCUUAUAUACUAUGUAUUGCUACAAAUAGUCCUGAAAAAAUAUUUUAGGCACCGCUCAGAGUUGUCUGAAAAGUAGUCUACUACAAGGCUGUCUCCAGGCCCAUGGGCCAGAUGCGUCAUGCGUUGGCCAUGCCCACGUCCAGUUUAACAAAGGGGGAAAAUGUCCCAAUAUAUCACGUAACACCAUCGUGGCGUGAGUUUGACACCCCUGGUCUAUUAUAUAAAUGUUUUAAAUAAAUAUUUUUUUUAUCAAAUAACGAUAGGGACUAAAAAAUUCCUGGCAAGAAUGGAAAUACCGUACUUGAUAAUUUUGGUUAAAAAGAGUACUUCAAUAAGUAUUGCUCAUUCUACUCCUGUGAUCCAACUAAUGGAGAGUGAUUCACAUACAAUUUCCAUAGUAGUGGCACUUUUUUUUAAUUACAAGAGCAAUUUAUAGAAGCCACAUUAUUCAGUAAUUGUUUCAGCCAAAAGAAAGUUUUAACUGCACAAAUUCUUCAAAUAUAUCUACUUAAGAUUCUGACAAUGCAUUAUGUAAAGUCAGUCAGUCAAAGAUGCUCUUUUGGAACAUUUAUAUUUAUUUUGAAACAAUUCUGUAUUUACAGUUCAUUUGCAUAUUUAAUUUUGAUGUUAGCUAGAUUUGGGAUCAAAUGGUUCAAAUGUCAA